AAAAAUCUUCCUGCUCCCACAGUUCCAUCCCCCUCCCCCGCCCAGGGUGGGGAAUCUUCCGCAGACUGAAGACAGAGCCAAUGCCAGCUACACCUCUCACUCCAGAGUGAAUGGCAAGGUAUCCAUCCCGGACUCCGACUCCAGAAGUCCAGACUGGAGAGCGUGUGGGCGGCUGGGAGUUCACUGCCAGGCGCUUGAAAAGCGUGAAACCUAGAAACGGGGAAGGGAGAAGGGCGGCGCGGAGCUGGAGCCAGAGAGGAGAGGAGACGGUGCGCACGAUGAUCCGUGGGGGCUCAAAGGGAGCAGAGGAGCCGCCACGACGCUGAGAGGGACGCUCAGAACCUGCGCAGCCCGCAGCCUGCCACUGGCCCCUCCCAGUCCCUGGGGGCUGCUCCCUGGCGCCCUCCUUCCCCCGCCCACCCGCUAAGCCCGGGAUCUGCAAGCAGUCAACCAGGUAGACCAGUGGGGGAAUGCAGACCUGGACACAGUAGUUCCCCAUCACCGAGGCAAAGGAAGUCUUCCUGGAGGAAGUGACGUCCCAGCUGCGCUCUGAACUGGAGUCAGCCAGGUAAAGCAGCAGGAGCAGCAUGGUCACCCAGCCACACCUGGACGACUGUGAGCUGAGCCCCUGACAUGUGGGCUGGCCGCGGCCGGCGGCAGGAGGAAGCUGAAUGAGUGCCCGGGGUCCCCAGGUCGAUGCCGCCCCCAGAGAAGAGCCAGGGGCCUCCGGCCCGGGCGCCCGCGGGCCGCGCUCAGGACCGGCUUCCCGGCCCGGCGUCGCAGGCGCUGUUGUGCGCCUGCGGCCUGUGCUUGCUGCUGGCGGGCGUGAACGUGACGCUGGUGGGCGCCUUCGCCUCCUUCCUCCCCGGACACAACGCGCCCCUCGUCGUGGGGCCGGCGCUGCUCGUGCUGGCGCUCGGCUUCUUCGCGGCCUGCUGUGUGUGUAGCCGCCGCCGCGGCCGCGCGCCCCGUUCGCGCUCGGCGGGGGCUGGGAGUUCCGGACAGGGCGGCGGCGGGCGCGUGGCGCUGGAGAUGGAGAGCAGCGAGCGCACGGCGCAGGACACCACGGCCGUGCAGCUUAGCCCCGCCGCCUCGGACGCGUCGUCCGGCCGCUCCAGCCCGGGCCCCGGCCCCUUCGCCCUGGACGCCCCGGCGCCCGCUGCCGUCUACGCACCACGCGCCGACGACGGGGUCCGGCUCGACCUGCCCCGGGAGCGCGUCGCCCCCUAGUGAACUGGGUUCCCGGCCCUGACUUCCCCUGUCCCGGUUCCCUCCCAUCAGUGCCAUUGAAGAAAAAAUAGGGAGGAGGAGAAAGAAAAGAAAAAGGAAUUUUUUUACGGGUCCGGGGCUGGGCAUAGGUGGCCUCUUCUGUCCCAUCUCUGGAACUUCCAGGGUGCGCGGUGGGGAGGGGAAUGUGAUGACGGUGCCUGGUGCCCGGUACUGACAGCCCUCAAAGGAGGGAGCAAUGCCUUGGCCCUUUGAGGGCGGUCUGCUGGGUUCUAGUUGAUCUCAUUCCCCAGACGUCCCGAACUGGGCUGCUGCACCUUCCCCGCCUCCCACCCGCCACCCAUGGCAUUUGGGCACUGUGAACAGAGCCACUCUGAGGGGGUUAACUCAGCAAGGCCCUGGAGGGGUGAGAGGAAGCUGGGAGACACGACCCGUCUCGGCCUGGGCGGUCUCCUAUGCCCGCCUGCUGUGAAAGGCUGCGAGCUCCCUCCCGCUCCUCCCUGACCUCCUUGUCUCUACCCCAACCUGACCGUUUGGGAUUAAUGCCGGGGAGGAUCUGAUCUGAGCCAGAUCAUCCAUAAGGUAGAGCUGGGUUGAGCACAUUCCCAUCCUUUCUGCUGGUGGCACAGAUGGUAAAGAACCCUGCAAUGCAGGAGACCCAGGUUCCAUCCUCGGGUAGGUAAGAUUCCCUGGAGAAGGGACUGGCUACCCACUCCAGUAUUUUUGCCCGGAGAAUUCCAUGGAAAGAGGAGCCUGAGUGAGCUGAGCUACAAACACAGAGCAGGGGGUGCAGGGGGAGAUAGGGAGGAGUGGUCAGGAGGCUCCUCCCACCCUGGUCUCCACCCGAACCUCACUGUGCAUUCCCCCUAUGCCUCGCUCUGCUCCUUAAUAAAGCACCUUUGGAGUCAAGUUCUGACUGCAAGACUUCUGAUCCUGAACCCUGGAGUCUGCAGUCCUCCCAGCCAGUGCCUGGUGCUUCAUCAUCUCAACACCAGCUCCUCUUGGAGACCUAGAAGAGAGCCCCAGGAGUGUGUGACUGUGAACAAAAGACUGUCUGAGAUUGUGUGUGCCUGUGAACAACUGUGGAAGCAGAGUGUCAGAUUGGGCGGGGGGGCGCUGGAUGAAUAUAUGAG